UCCGGCGAAAACAAUAUCUGAAAUGCUCCACUUUUCACAGACAUUAUUUGGCGAAAACAAUUUUUUUUUUCCAAGUGGGAUGACUGACUGAUUCAUCAAUCAUCAUAUCCAUAGAGUAAAUUAAUGCACAAAUAAUUGCACAGUAGCAAAUUUCUAGUUGUGGUGUUAAAAAAAUGAAAAAUAUUGUUUUUUUUUUUUUUUUUUCAGAAUCUUGAAUAGUGAUGAGUGAUGAGUGAUGAGCUAGACAGAUUCUUGGAUUGACUACCCUUUUUCCCCAUUUCAAUUUCAGCCUGUCCCUCAAACAUUGCUGAAUGCAGCUGGUAUUUAAUUGAAAGAGUCCAUUUGGAAUAAUAUGGACAAGUCAAAGGAGGAAGCAGAGGCAAAUGAUGUAGGUGCGAAUGUGCUAUCUAGAACGAGGGAGUGUGAUUCUGGUGAACCAUCAAUGAGAAAGUGUACAUCUACCAGUCAUGAGUUGCCGGAGGGAUCAACUUCUGCCAGUUCAGGGAUGCUGGAAACUGAUGGUAUGAACAGAAAUGUAACGUCCAUGAAGGGGCCUCAGCUCCACGGUACAAGCUCUUACUCAAGGCUCACAGUUGAAAAGUUGUGUAAUUACAAAAUUUCUGAGCCAGCUUCUCUUAGAUGCUCCAAUAAUCAAGAAACCAAUCAGAAACCACAAAUUCAGUGGCAACGUUUCUAUCAAUUGGGGUCUGGCUCUAGAAGUGUGAAGGGGGAUGGAGAUCCUUCAUCCACGGACAAGGCUGUUCAGCAAUUAAGUUCCAAAGAGUUGCCAGGAAUAAAUUUACUAGCGCUGAAAAUGCUGAAACAAGCAUCCGACAAAGAUAUCAAAGAAGGCUCUAAUGCAGUGUCUUCCCAAUCAACAGAAGACCAUAACCUAAUUAUUCCAAGCAAUAGAUUCCUUCCGGGAAGUAGUCAAUCAAAACUUUUAUCCACUUCUAGCUUUUCUCAUUUUUUUGCUAACCGAUCUCUUAAAGGCAAAGAUGUUUUACCAAAAGGACCUGCACUUCAUAAAGAAGUUCAUACUGCCUCUACUCUGCAGAAUAAGAAUGAGUUCGAGCAAGCUUUCACAGGAAUGGUAUCAUCUGAUGCAUUGUUUAAGCAAGGUGCUAAUUCUAAUCAAGCAUCUUUUAGUCGUAGCGAUCACCAAAGACCCACUUCAACUUACAAUGGAGUUACCUUAAGAGAGUGGUUAAACUCGACAGGAUCACAGAUAAACAAAGCUGAGAGGAUUCACAUAUUCCGGCAGAUAGUGAAGUUAAUUGAUAUUGCCCACUCUGAAGGAAAUGCAUUCCAGGAUAUACGGCCUUCCUGUUUUAUUUUACUGUCACCUAAUGGUGUUAAAUAUAUUGGUCCAUCUGUCCAGAUAGACUCCAUGUAUGCCGUGAGCCGGAAUACUAAUGGGAAAAGGCCAUCCCACAUGGAAAUGCAUGCUAAUAGUAACUUGGGUUCAAAGCUGCAGAAGGUCAAUGUGGACGUGGACUUUAUGAGACAGCAGCCUGAAACCAAUGCUCGUUCUUCUCGUGAUGAAGGCACAUCAUUUCAGGCUGGGUGUCUACUGGAGUCUGACAUUAAUCAAUUAGAGAAGAAGUGGUACACUUGUCCUGAAGAACUCAAUCACGAAAGCCUAGCAUCAUCUAAUAUCUACAGUCUCGGGGUUCUUUUCUUUGAGUUGCUCUGCUGUUUUGAAUCACCUGCGGCACAUUCCACAGCCAUGUUGAAUUUGCAAAGUCGCAUUCUCCCUCCAAAUUUCCUUUGUCAAAAUCCCAAGGAAGUUGGCUUUUGCUUUUUGCUGCUUCAUCCUGUGCCUUCUUCUCGUCCAACAACAAGGGAAAUCUUACAGUCUGAAUUAAUUAUUGGAGCUGAAGAAGUAUGUAAAAUAGAUGGUGUCCCAUCAUUUAUUGAGAAGGAUGAUGACCCUGAUUCAGACGUCUUGCUCUAUUUCCUAGAUUCAUUGCAGGAGGAAAAAAAGAAUAAUACCUCCAAGUUAUUACAAAGAAUAGAGUGCCUAGAGGCUGAUAUCAAGGAUGUUGAGAAAAGGGAGGUCCUUAGAAAUUCAGAUUGGGUGGAAACUGACUUCAAUAAUAUGCGGCAAGGAUCCUACUUAAAGCAUCUCAAUUCGACUGACUCUAUUUCUAGAUCGUUUUCUAUUCCAAAUAUGAGCAAUGAAAAGCUGAUGAAGAAUAUUUCUCAGCUUGAAAGUGCAUACUUCUGCAUGAGGUCCCAAAUCCAACUUGCAGAAAAUGAUACAAUAGGUCGAACAGACACGGAUUUGUUGACGAGUCGUGACAGAUCGUUCCAGGUUUCAACAAAAGAGGCAGAGCCAAUUCUAAAAUCUGUUGAUCGUGUUGGAGCCUUCUUUGAAGGUAUUUGCAAAUAUGCUCGCUACUGCAAGUUUGAGGAAUAUGGGACAUUAAGAAAUGGUGAUCUUCUCAACUCUACAAAUGUGAUCUGCUCCCUCUGUUUUGAUUAUGAAGAGGACUUUAUAGCUGCAGCUGGUGUCUCAAAGAAAAUCAAAAUCUUUGAAUUUGCUUCACUUUUGAAUGAAUCGGCGGAUCUUCAAUAUCCUGUGGCUGAGAUGUCAAACAGAUCUAAGCUUAGCUGUGUUUCGUGGAAUAAAUAUAUGAGGAACUAUCUGGCUUCAACUGACUAUGAUGGCGUAGUCAAGAUGUGGGAUGCAAGCACAGGUCAAGAAUUUUCACAACAUACAGAGCACCAGAAGAGGGCUUGGUCUGUUGAUUUUUCUCAAGUGGAACCAACAAAGUUUGCCACUGGAAGUGAUGAUUGUUCUGUAAAAGUGUGGAAUAUUAAUGAGAGGAGUUCUGUGGAUACGAUCUGGAAUCCUGCCAACAUAUGCUGUGUGCAGUUUUCUGCUUACUCCUCUCAUCUGUUGGCUUUCGGAUCUGCUGAUUACAAAAUUUACUGCUAUGAUCUUCGCCAUACUAGGAUUCCGUGGUGCACAUUAUCUGGACAUGAGAAGGCUGUUAGCUAUGUAAAAUUCUUAGAUUAUGGUACCCUGGUUUCUGCAUCCACAGAUAACACGCUAAAGCUAUGGGACCUAAAGAGAACAAGUUUGGAAGGAUUGUCCUCAAAUGCUUGCAGCUUGACAUUCAAGGGACACACCAAUGAAAAGAACUUUGUGGGGUUGUCAGUUUUGGAUGGGUACAUUGCAUGUGGUUCUGAAUCUAAUGAGGUAUAUGCAUAUCAUAGAUCUCUACCAAUGCAAAUAACCUCUUACAAAUUUGGAUCUGUUGAUCCUAGCUCUGGCAAUGAUGGUGAGAGUAAUGGGCAAUUUGUUUCAAGUGUUUGCUGGAGAAGGAAAUCUAAUAUGGUUGUUGCAGCAAACUCAACUGGAUGUAUAAAGCUGUUACGUUUGGUAUGAAUUAAAGCUCAUCAUCCUUAUCUUCUGAAUCUGUACCAUGCUGGCAGACUUGUUUUGUACACCUAGCUUCAGCUGGAAUAGAGAAAAAUUAAGGUACUUUGAGGAUUGAUAAAUCUAGGUGUCGAACAUUGAAGCUGAAUUUGUAGUCAUGGCUAAAUGGAAUGGACCUCAGAAUAAGAGACAGCACUAAUGUAGUCCUCGCCUGUCUCGUGAGUUCUUCAGGAUAAAUGGAUAUCGAGAUGAAGAAGUUGUGGCCUUCUUCACUGCUUCUUUUGCAAAGAAAUGACAUCAGUAAAGUUGAGAAACCUGUUAGAGAGUAUGCUUUGCAUGAUUGGAUUUGCCAAGCGGAGAUCGUCUCUUGCUCCAAAGUCUUGGUAGACAUAAUCCACUUCUUUUCAGUUGGUAAUCUAUGUGGCCGUUCCACAGGCUAAAGCUGCGUCACAUGCCACACACUGAUUCAGAAUUUGUCUCCGUGACUUAUGUUACUUCUUUCUCAGUCACCUUGUGAGUGAACAUUUGAAAAAGUAUGUGCGACAGGUAAAGGAUCAGAACAGAAUUUCCCAGGGAGGGACAGCUGCGUAAUAUCCCAGCCUUGAUGUCACUGUACUCAAACUGGUGGUAAUGGAGAAUCCAUUCAACUGUGAUCAGAGCUUAUCACUAACAACCUCUUUACAUAGCGGAAAAUCCAGCAGAUGAAUGAGAAACUUGUCUGUUGAUUGGAUCGUUGUGUCAAGACACUCUGUCAAGUUUGUCACGUACUUUGGUAGGUCCUGUCCUCAUGUUUCGCCACAUCUUCUCUUGGCUAUCUUCAAAAGCAACUCUCCCUGUUAAAACCUCAAAGCAUAUCAUCCGCGAGCUGUGCAAGACUUCUUAGAAAACUUGAUACACUCCGUUCCUCGAUCAUGUUUUGAGUGGAGAGUUACUUAAAAAACAGUUAGGAAAACAACUUAGUCAUGCAUGCCAUGUUAGCUGCUUGUCUA